GGCGCGGCUGAGGAACUGUGGCUAGUGUUGUCCGACGUCCGACCUCCACUAGGUACCUGAUGAUGUUCCUGUCUGAAGCUCUAGAUUUGGCAGCCAGCUGCUAGGCUGUAGCUACCUUGCGCGUCUACAUAGUACACAUUUGCCUACAGCGCCAGCGAUUUGGGAACAAGAGCUUCUUCAACACCUACAACCCACAUUUGAGUCCAUCACCACCCGAGCAAAUAUCCCAAAAUGGAGGUAUUGUUAGGAAUCACCGGCAAGGACUUUACCUUAAUCGCAGCUUCUAAAGCUGCGAUGCGGGGAGCAACCAUCCUCAAAGCCUCUGAUGACAAGACGAGAUCGCUCAACAAGCAUACACUAGUUGCAUUCUCCGGCGAGGCUGGCGAUACAAUCCAAUUCUCUGAGUAUAUCCAGGCAAACGCGCAGCUCUAUUCGAUGCGAAACGAGACAGAUUUAUCACCUACGGCGCUGGCACACUAUGUCCGCGGUGAGCUCGCGUCAAGCUUAAGAUCUAGGAAGCCGUACAACGUCAACCUGCUACUAGGAGGUGUCGACCCCAUCACCCACAAGCCCAGCCUAUUCUGGCUGGAUUACCUUGCGGCUCUCGCAUCUGUUCCCUAUGCUGCCCACGGCUACGCACAAUAUUACUGCCUCUCGAUCCUAGACAAGCACCACCACCCGGACAUGACACUUGUGCAAGGACUUAAGGUGCUCGAGAUGUGUACAGACGAACUGAAGCGACGUUUACCUAUUGAUUUCAAGGGUAUGACGGUCAAGGCGGUUACGAAAGACGGCAUUCGGGAGAUUGAGUUCAACGACGAUAAGAUUGUUAAGUGCGCAUAAAGGAAUAUCAUUUUCUGGCUGGCGACCCCACGUGUAACAUUAGGAUUCUAGGUUGGGCGAGAAAUCGCACAAUAGCCUAGUAGUCAAGUCACAGGCUGGCCUAUCAAAUCUAUCAGGUCGGUCAGAGCUGCGACCAUCCAACAUCUUUUCGGUUACUACGUAUAUGGUGAGGGGUUCAAGUUAUUCGUCACCACAGAAAGCCCUUAAGAAAUAAAUGCUAGCUAGCUGAAGGGGUAUGAUAAAGGGUAGCUUAGUAACAUGGAUAAGAUAUGCGACGCUAUGAUAAAAUCGUGAAUGGAAUGACAGGUCCUAUUCGAUAGCCUCGCACCCAAUAAUGACAAAACUUUAUAAUUAAGAUAUACGUUGGUCUUCUAUGUAUCGACAGGGUCGUCAUUCGAAUCUGGGUUGAGUAUAAAAUAUACGUGCAUAGAGGCAUAGAAGCUCAACCCAACCGCGGAUCGUAACUCUAGAGGUUCCCCCCAGUAGUCGCAUUCGGCAAUUAGGGACUCCUGGCUGAACUGUCAUUUAUAUUUAACUACCUAAA